AUGAGGGUCAGCGCGGUGGGCAUGGGGUUUGAUAGUGAGGAGGCAGUGCUGAGGGAGGCGGCGGCGACGGCGGCGGUGACGCACGACCACCCGGAGGGCGUGAAGGGCGCGCAGGCGACAGCGUUGAGCGUGUUCCUGGCCCGGCGGGGCGCGUCCAAGGAGGAGAUCCGGGGCGCCGUGGAGGCCAGGUUCGGGUACGACCUCGGCAGGAGGCUGGACGACAUUCGGCCGGAUUACAGAUUUCACGUGUCGUGCAUGGAGUCCGUCCCCGAGUCCAUAAUCGCGUUUCUGGAGUCCGCCUGCUACGAGGACGCUGUUCGCAAAGCCGUGUCUCUGGGGGGCGACGCUGACACGAUGGGGUGCAUCGCCGGCGGCAUAGCAGAGGCGUAUUAUGGGGGCGUGCCAAAGGACAUAGAGGACAACGUAAGAAGGAGGCUGCCGCAGGAGUUUCUGGAGCUCUUGGACGAGAUGUACGCAAAGUUUGGGAACUGCGAAACGUUGAGGGAGGGAGGCGGUGACAACGGUGGCGAGGUUGCCGAAAAUGCAGGCGUUAAAAAAGAUGGAGGGUGUGACAAGGUUGGAGACGUUGACGACGCUGGAGGUGUUGAAAAAAAGGGCAGCGCUGAAGAUGUUGGGGCCAAUUGA